AUGUCUUCCACCCUCUUGUUCCUCGACCAGUUCAAUGCCCCCUCGACCGAGGGCAGAAAGAGGAUCUCAAUCUACACCCCUAAGCACACCCAUGUCGGCGACAGCGCUUUGCUGACGCUACUCCUCAGUAACCCCACCGACGUCUUCAAUAAACUCAAAACCCACAACCCCGAGGCAACCAAUGCCACCGACCGCGCUGCACUAGGAGCGUACCUCUCCGCCCGCCACGAAUACGAUGAGGCUGUCAAGGCAGCCGACAAGGCCAUCGACCACCACAAGCGGCUCCUACGGCAACAGGAUGACCGUGUCCUCACCAAGCUCAUUCGACUCGACAAUCUGAAAGUUGCCCAUCGCUUUCAACCGCUCCUACCGCGCAGCAUCCGGGCGCAACACAACAAAUUCAUCCCGCGCACCAUCCCCAACGCGUACCUACCCCUACCCGCACCCCUACCGACGUCUGCCUUUAGGUGCCCCCCGAUCCCAUCCCCUUUCCUCCAAGCAACGCUGCAGAGCACUACUAUCCCGGCUGACUGGCAACCCAACCCUGGGUGGACCCCGAAGGGAAGCUGCAGGCGAUGCGGAUCGUCUCGACACUGGGUACGGGACUGUCCGGACGUACGAUGCGCAGGAUGCGGGAAAGAAGCCCCUGGACACCUGGAGCGGGAGUGCGGAACCAGGCCGAUGAAGCGACACAUAUCCGCACCACCUGAAGAACCUGCGCGACGCGUGGGGGUGGUCGUCGACAACAUGUUUCUCGAAGGAAUCAUCAACGAGGUGAAGGAGAGGAAGGAGAAAGAAAGGCAGACGAAAGCGGUAUCCAUUCCUCCACCGCGUAGCGCUAACCCCGAACCCCCGGCCAGUCCUGUCGCAGGAUCCUCGCGCCCCCGCCCCGAUACACCCGUCGUCUUUCGCAAAGUCGACCCCGACUGGACACCCGACACCACUCAAUGGACGUGGGACAGCUCCUGGCCGCAUCAGAAGCACUUCUCUGGCGAGGAAUGGAAGAACGUAGGGAGGAACGCGCGCAAGGAGUGGUUCGACGAAGAGGAGGAGGACGGCGUAGACUGGGAGUUGUAUGGAGAUGCUUAUAUAAUGGGGUCCGUGCGCACUUCGUACCUGGUAUCGUACCACUACGUUUCUUUCUUUACUAAACACGACCACAUAGACACAAUGGUCCGUGCGUAG